CUGUCCCUCCUGUUCUGGGUUAGCAAGUUGCAAAGAAUUAUUGCUGAGAGUGGAGCCCCCAAGAAGGAUUUGCCCAUGAUGGAGGAAUCACCACCUGCAGGUAUCUUUUUCAAACUGUCGCUGCCACGUGGGAACACAACCAUCUGCUUACUGACCCAGGCGCUGCAGGAAGUGAUAAGAGAGAAUCAGAGUCUAGGUGAGCGUGUCCAGGAUUUGACAAAGAAAGUGUCCACAAUGGAGUCCAGACUGGUUGGUCUCGUGCAAGCCUCAUUCCUAGAUGUGACUGGCCACUCCGCAGGCACUCUCCUGCUUCCCAAAGUGGGAGAGAUCCAGAUAUCCUUGGCAGAGAUGGAUGAAAUGAGUGUAAUGGAUUGUGGGAGAACUGGAACUGACUUGUCAGCUGGACACUCUGAGGCUGUGGAAUCAGGAGAGGUUCCAUCUACCCCUGAGGGACAGUCCCUGCCCCAUAACCCUCCUGCAGGAACCAGCAUACCUGACAGCUCCCUCCUGAGCAUUUCCCCCAAGGAGGACAGGAGACUGUUUGAAGAGGCCGAAGGUGACAUUGCCAAGUAUGCCCUGGCAGUGUUCAGACACAUGAUGCCGCAGGAUUAUUACCAGCAGUGGCGGGGAAAGGCCAAUGUGUCCGGCACACACCAGAAAGCUGCCCUGUCGCCCAAUCUGGUGAAUGCAGCCUUCAAAGCGGCAAAGAGGUGGAAGCCAAAGCUGGCAGGCAAAGACUAUAGUAACAUCAAAAUCCAGAUCAAUAACUUCAUGCGAUCCCAGGAGAGCAGAAGCCUAGCUGUGUCUACAGGGCAGAGGUAACAGCACAGCUCCCCUCAGUACCCAGGCUUUGGAUUCUUCCUAUAGAAGAGUAAAGGAAAUCCCAGGAAACCAGUCAGCACUGGGAAUCUCCCCAUGGCUUCAAUGGGAACAGUGCCUGAGUUAUGACAUCAGAAACAGGCAGUCAGUGUGGUA